AUGACGCACAACGCUACCACUGGCAUUCAUGACUUACCCGAUGACGUUUUGCUCCUCAUCUUUAAAGCCGUGUAUUCAAUGUCACGCAAGUAUCCCGGAAGGGAUAAUCGAUCAGUCUCGAUUUUUGAAGCCGACAAGAACGACGUGAUAUGGCAAGACGAGGAUGUGUCCUCACCCUCCAAUUUAUUCCCUGAUUCACUUGUUCCGAUGUGCCGGUUGUGGAAAGAUACUCUUUCUUCCGUCUCCGCCUUUUGGACUCGUCUGGUCAUCUUCGUUGACGAGCGUCCCACUCCGCUAUCGGCAAUUACUUCGCGGCUCGCUCUCGCAGCCGAGCGUGCCCUCGAGAUUAAGCUGACUCGCAGACACGGUUCGUGGCCAGACGCGGAUCUGUCGGAGCAAGCACGUGUGAAUGCGGUCAUUUCCUUCCUGUCGGCUCACAUGUCGCGCUGGAAGACCCUUCGCCUAGACGUCCUACACUCCAGUUCAGUCCCCAGACCUCAUGUCGCUAUGCACGGCGAUGCGGCUAACUUGGUCGAUCUUCGCCUCCACUCACGUUUGAAAGAUGCACCGUUACUGGCGUACUGCUCAUCCCUAGUUAUCCAAGCCACGGAUGACUCGAAUCGCAUGCCUACGACGCAUAUCCUCGAGACCGAUAUCGAAAUCGGACCACCUCUUACCGUCACUACGAAUCAACGUCACAUCAAUCAACAGCUUCGCGCUCCCCGGAUGUCAGAGCUGCAGCUGGACGGCGUCAUCUUUUUCGCUUCUUAUUCUUGCGCACCAGUCACGUGGAUGUCCGUCAGGAAACUGACGGUGACACACUGCGUAUCACCACCGUCUGGCAUGUUCACAGCCAACAUGUUAUUGACUUGUUUGAAUACCAUGCCGUCGUUGCGUGAAUUGACACUGGUGGAGGUCGCACUGGAGUUCUACGAGGAAGCGAUGCCGGCCCUGGUUCAUUGUGGCCUGCAGCGAUGUACGUUUGUGGAUAUCCCUGAGCAGAUGCUGGCCGCGCUGGUUGGGCUACUCCAAAACUCCGAGCUGACCUCGCUCACCGUGAAACGGUGCAGCAUGCGCCGCUGGGCCCCAGGGCAAUGGCCUCUCUCGUCACUCACCCUGGAGGGCAUCAACAAGUCGGAUGACGUUUUGGAAGCGCUGCGUGCGUGGCCACCGAGGGUCCUGACCGUGGAGAAUUGCGCCGGGUUUGACAAAGUCAUUCUCGCAGCGUUGGCGGACCCGUACAUAUUCACUUGCCCUGGCAUGCAAGUGCUUGAGCUGUCUGACUGCCAGGGAAUCUCGAGCAGAGAGCUUCGGAUGAUGAUUGAAGGGCGCCAAGGUGGAAUUGGCGAUGACGAUGCGGUUGAUCUAGAUGUAGGCUUCAUUUCGACCUUGCGUGUGACGGGAUGUGGAGAGCUGGAUCCGAACGACAAGGUGUUCUUUCAGGAACAUGCCUUCCUGAGGCAGGUCGAGUGGGACGGGCAGAUGAUAUCCGAGGACUUUGAGUCGGAUGUGGAUAGUGUUGGGUGGGCCAGAGCCGACGACUUUUCCGAUGAGGAAUAG